AUGGCGCCGCCGCACCCACCGCCACCGGAUCCGCCCAUCCUUCGAACCCACGACGAGCUCCUCGAGGAGAUCCUUCUCCUUCUUCCCACGGCGGCAGACCUAGCCCGCGCCUCCGCGGCGUGCGCCUCCUUCCGUCGUCUCAUCACGGACCACACCUUCCUCCGCCGCUACCGGACCCUCCACCCACCGCCCCUCAUCGGUGUGAUCCACCGCAACGCCUUCAUUCCAGCCCAACCGCCGCACUCCUCCGCCGUCGUCGCCCGCGCCUUCGCUGGCUUCGACUUCUCCUGCUCCUCCUUCCUCCCCACCAACGCCGGUCGCGCCUGGAGCUCAAUUGACUUCUUCGACGGACGUGCCCUCCUCGCCGGCGCCCCAGUCUAUGAAGGCCACCCUGAGAUGUGCAACUUUGACCCCCUCCAACUUUUGGUCAGGGACCUCGCUGUGUGCGACCCCGUGAACCGCCGCUACAUCCUGCUGCCCGCCGUCCCCGGCCACCUGACGGCGCUGGUCCCUAAACCGGACCUGCUCGAUCUGGAGGCUUUCCUUGCCCCCGGCGAUGAUGAGGAGGACCCGUUGUCAUUCAGGGUCAUGUGCUUGGCGCAAUGCAGAACCAACAUGGUGAUCCUCGUCUUCUCCUCCUCUUUGGGUGGACAAUGGCAUGCUCUUACAUUUGACCAAUGGACUGUUCGGGCUACAUUUCAUCCGCUCGAGGAUGGGCUGUUAAGUCGUCAAUUCAUCCGCGGAUGCUUCUGUUGGCAUUCACCUUUCCUCAACAAGUUGCUUCUGCUCGACACACACUCCAUGGAGUUCUCUGCUGUCAGCCUCCCACCUGAACAACAGCAGAGUCCCGAUUUUGUUAUUGUCGAGGCAGCCGAAGGAAUGCUCGGGAUGCUAACUAGAUCUAGUGACGGGGUCAACCAAGAUAGCCCGUAUUGGCUCGAGUAUUCCAUUCUGAGAAAUAACCAUUGGCACACAGAGAAGUUCAUCCCAUUGCCAGAAAAGUAUGAUGUUCUUCUGUUUGGUGUAGCCGGGGGAUACGUGCUCAUGCUGGCAUACUACACCACAUCUUCACAAGAGAAUUGGAAGUUAGGGUUCUUUUCGGUGGACGUCAAGACGUUGCAGGUCGAGUUGUUUGGCGAAGGUUCCUCGGGUGGUGAACUAUAUGCUGGUUUCCCACCAUCAUUGAGUGCACCAACUAUAUGAAGCGGUGGGCGUGUUAUCCGCUCACUUUUAUUUAACUUCUGGUUUCAUUGACGCUGAUGCCACGUGGCUUAGGAAGAAGUUGGUUCCUCUGAGCGUGUUGUGACAGGAAGAGAAAGUGAUGCGUGGAUCGGAUGUAUUCGUUUGUUCAAUGCCGUUGCUGCGUCGGAAGCUAUGAUGCCCAGUUGCAGCAACUUUUGAAAUGUAUGCCAAUCUCUGAACUUUUAGGUUCUUGUUACUUCAAUAUUAAUGUCUAAAAGCAGGCAUAGAGCCUGAGCUUGCUUGUAUCGACUGAACUGCAUCAGCAAGGAGGUCUAUAAUAUUACUGGAUGAAAUGCUUUGUUUCGAUGAAUCACUACUAAAUAUUACUACUAGUAUAAGAGGUCCCUG